UUUCUUUCAGUUUUAUUUGGCUAUGCCACCACAGUUAUCCCCCGAGUGUACACAUACUAUGCGUCAACUGCACUGUUUGCAAUUUUUGGCAUCCGAAUGCUUCGGGAAGGCUUGAAAAUGAGCCCAGAUGAGGGUCAGGAGGAGCUGGAGGAAGUUCAAGCAGAAAUCAAGAAAAAAGAUGAAGAAUUCCAGAGAACGAAACUAUUAAAUGGGCCAGGAGAUGUGGAAACAGGGACAGGCACAAAUAUACCUCAGAAGAAGUGGCUGCAUUUUAUUUCUCCAAUUUUUGUUCAAGCUUUUACUUUAACAUUCGUAGCAGAAUGGGGUGAUCGCUCUCAAUUGACAACAAUAGUCCUGGCAGCAAGAGAGGAUCCCUAUGGUGUGGCAGUGGGAGGAACAGUAGGACACUGUCUAUGCACUGGGUUAGCAGUUAUUGGAGGAAGGAUGAUAGCACAAAAAAUUUCUGUUAGGACUGUGACAAUCAUAGGAGGCAUUGUUUUCUUGGCAUUUGCAUUUUCUGCACUAUUUAUAAGCCCGGAGUCUGGUUUUUAACAAGGUUUUUUUUUUCAUUGUCUUUAAAGAGCAAGGAUUGGGAGGAACACGCUUGUCCUUGUGUGUUGCUGUAUAUAAUGUACAGGUAUUGUUGCUAAACAAGCACUGAAAAUGAGAUACUGCACUUCUAUAGCAAUGAUUUGUGAGUUUGGCACAUUCAUGGACCUUGUGCCAUGAAGAUCUGCUUCCUGUCUGGUUUGCAAGGUGUAUUUAAGUGGUGGUUGGGUGCCUCACAGGAUUUGAGUGGCUUUCUUGCUUGCUGAACCUGAUCAGAUGGCUUUUGAGGAUCUGCAUCCACAAACAUGAGGCUUCCUUCCUCUAUUCCACAUGAUCACUAUUGCUGUCUGUUCUAAAGCUUAUCCAUCUGGCUAAAUGAGCAGCCACCUUGCCAACAGGCAUUAUGAUGUUACAAAUUUCCCAAUAGUAAACAUGAGGGAAAAAAUCAUUGACUUUCACACUUCACUUCCAGGAUACCCUGGUAGCCUAAGAAACCUGAGGGCAGCUCCUAUGCCAUUAAGUGACUGAGCCACCUAUUGAAAUGUUCAGAAUUAAUUUUAAAAAGCAAAUAUCUUAAUCAGGGGUCUUUGGUAUGAAGUCAACAAAAGUGCUGACUCACGAUGUACUGUUUUCAACAACAGACAAUCUGGCUAGAUCUGAUUUUCUUUAUUUAACCAGUUCUUUUUUGUAUUAAGUUGAAAACUUAUAAAUAUACAUCAUAGUAAUAAAAUGGUCAAUAUUUGACAAUGCUGCAUUCCCAAAUUUGAACAAUAAUGCAAUUCUUACAGAUUAAGUGGUGUUCAUAUUUUCUUUAAUAGUGUAAUGGGGGAAUGUAAAUAAAACAGUGGUGUCUCCAUUUUA